AACACAAUACAAACAAUGGCACCAACAAUUCCUAAAAAGCAAAGCUCCAAGAUAUCAGAGAUAAGCAGAGAACAUUUAACACUAUCGAAGAGUUAUAUAUCACGACAAGAUCUGGGUGCUGGUGAUAUGGAUUGGAUAAAAGGGAAAGUUUGGUUGAAACCAGAUGAUCAGUUACAAUUAACAGAAGUGGAAUUACAAGAAGAAUUUGCCAGGGUAUUGACUGUACAUAACACCAGAAUACCAGACUCCUUGGUAGAAUGGUCAUGGAAAUUACGUGAAUUUGUAAGACUACCUAGCCCACCACAUUUAGUAACUCUCUUGGAUGUAACUGGCACUAUAUUGCACAAAGAUUCCGAAGAGGCUAAAAUGCAAUUGGCAGGAGGAGUUAUCACUGAUAGUCAAGACGAGCCAGUAAGUGAAAAAUUGAAGACUGAUGAAGAUGAAGAAGAUAUAGAUCUUGAAGAAGAAGAAGAAGCAGACGAAACGGAUAAAGCGGUAGAAGCCGAGGCUGAAUACGAACAAGAAUUAGAAGCUGAGCCAGAAUUCGAAGAAGAUGAGAUGGAAAAGAUAAAACCUAAGAAAUUACCCAAUCAAUUCAAUUUUUGCGAAAGGGCAGCGUUGACAUACGACAAUCCCAUGAGGGAUAUGAGCACCCAAACUAUACCUCCACCAACCGCAACUUUCAACACACACGUCUUUCAAUGGACCAUUUUUGACGAGUAUCAGGAAGACUUCGCUCAACAGCAACGUGAGAAAGAAAAAGAGAAAAAAGCACCAUUGACGCAACCAAAAAAGGAGGACGUAAAAAAGAAAGCUCAGGUCGAAACCUCGGCGAUGACAUAUAGAAUGUUACAAGCCGCAAAGACACUGGAGCGGAUGGUGAAUCAAAACAUCUUCGAUGAUAUAUCGCAAGAUUAUAGAUAUUGGGACGAUCCGAGCGAUGAAUUCAAAGACGGCGAAGGCUCCUUACUACCUCUGUGGAAAUUCUCCUACGAGAAAACUAAGAAACACGACAUUACGGACAUGUGCUUUAACAGCAGAUAUUACGAUCUCUUCGCGGUCGCCUUCGGAACACUGUUGUUUAAUAGUACUGUAACAAACGGUACGGUGUGCCUGUUCAGCUUGAAAAAUCCGUCAUACCCAGAAUGGAUUUGUCCGACGGAGUCUCCAGUGAUGAGUCUGGAUUUUAACGCCCAACAUCCUCAUCUUUUAGUUAUCGGUACCAUGGACGGAGCAGUAGCGGUUUACAACGUGAUGCUGCCGCCGUCCAUGCCGCAAUACAAGAGCAACGACGUCAUGCAGAAGCAUGGAGGGUUAGUAUGGGAGAUUCGCUGGGCACCAGAUACCGAGGAAGGAAACCUGGCGUUCUUCAGCGUGAGCAUCGACGGCAAGAUAAACCAUUGGGUGUUAAACCAGAACGAUCUCGGUCUCACUACCGUUAUGACAUUAUUCCUGGACCGACCACCUAUACCGGGACCAGAUGGCACGAUGAUCACGCUCAAAGGAUGCGGGACGUGUAUCGCAUUCCAUCCCGCGGAUCAGAAUGUUUUCCUGGUAGGGACGGAGGAGGGUAGUAUGUACAAAUGCAACACGGCGUACAGUAGUAUUUACAUGAGGACGUAUCACGAAGCGCACACUAUGCCGGUGUACCGGAUAGUCUUCAACAAGUUCAACUCUAGUAUUUUCGCCAGCUGCUCAGGCGACUGGCGAAUCAAGAUCUGGGAGGACGAAAGACCGGAACCUCUGUUUAUGUUCGACUUGGGUGUUCCGAUCGGAGACGUUCAGUGGGCACCGUACAGCUCGACAGUGCUUGCCUGCGUGUCGAACGAUGGGAAAGUUACGGUGUUUGAUCUAAAUGUUAACAAGUACAGACCUAUCUGUAGUCAAGCGGUCGUCAGUAAGCGAAAGAGCAAAUUAACCCGGCUGGCCUUUAACAAUGUGUUGCCGUUUAUAAUUGUCGGUGACGAUAAAGGUACUGUGAAUACGCUGAAACUAUCUCCAAAUUUACGGAUAAGAGUGAAGCCAACGAAAAAGCAACAACAUUUGUCGCAAACAGAAUUAGAAUCCAUGAAAUUGGAGAAGUUGCUCAGUUUUGUGCGAGAGCCACCAAUAUUGACGCCGCCUAAAGACGUGAGAACAACGAGCUAAGUGAAAAUAACGCACAUUAAACGCACAUGCGGAUAUUAAUCUCUUAUAAACAACAGUGUUUUAUUAAUAUUUUCUAUAACAGACAGAGAUAUACAUAUACACAUCUAUAUUUUUACAAAUAAAUUGGCACUAAUUAUGCAGUAGAAUUAAAAUAGUUCUACAAAGUAGUAAUUUAUGUAUCUCUUUUUCUGGAUUUAUUGCCUGAAAACAUGAUUGUAAAAGUAGAACAAUUAAGGAAUGAUUGAUGUAUGAUAAACCAAACAAAUUGAUUUCGUCGAAAAUAA